AUCGACGAUCGACAUCAUCCUCAUCAUCCAUCUAGGCGCCUCCCAUGACAUGAACCACCCACCCGCGAGUCAGACCAGGCACUCAUAGCAUUUGGCUCGAGAGAGAGAGCACUCUCACUAUGCCGGCCAAUCCGUUUGCCCGGUCACAUACCAACUUGGCUCAGGAUCACACUCAACGACGAGGAACACCGGACGAUGGCGCAGAUAAGCCAAGAGUCAGCCUGUCCCUCAGCAGAGCAAUGGGCGUGGGAAGAAAGAGCCUGGAUGUCAGACGGGACCCGCUACCGGACGUUGUCGUCGAUGAUAAUGAUGAUGGAUCGCCUGUCGAGGGCAAUGGCAGCGGAAACUCUCCUCGUCGCCGUAAUCUGCUAGGCAAAUGGUCAUCGACUGCGCCAACCUCGUACAAGACGCUCAAGCAUAAUGCAUCCAUGUCAUCAACGAUAGCCAGUCGCUCGCCUUCCAAGGGAAGCUCCUCUUCCGCCGUGCGUGACGACAUGAGUGAGGCAACAUCCUCUCAUCGUCGUCGCAAGUCCAGAGGCCUGUUGGACGCACUGUUUCCUUCUGGCAGCAAGCAACCGCAACCACCGUCGUCAUUCGAGGUGCUGCGCGUAUCAAAGGGCUCUCGUCCCUCUACCUCACCGCAAGAGAAUCCACUAGCCUACUUCCCGAAUCAACCGCAGCUGCCAUCUCCGGAAGCGGGGCCCAGCGGCCAACCCACCAUCCCUGGGCCCAACGAAGCAUAUCGAGAGCAGAGAAGGCGCACAGCGUCAAUGUCGCCGCCCACAGGACGUAAAACUAAUCCUCUGGAAGCCAUGACACGCAGAAUGAGUGGGCUCCCUCUGGGUAGCAAGCCAACAAGCCCAGUCGUCGCAGGCAGUAGCGACUCGACUCGGCCGGGCCUCGAGCAGGGAGGAUCCUUUACUCUACGCUCGAUGCACAAUGUGCGAACCGGAAAGUCUCCAACCUCAGGGCAAGAUCAGCUCGCAUCAUCCUAUUUCCCACUCGUAUCCUCAGGCCAAGCGCCAGAGUCUGCCCUCGCCGUCUCUCCCGUAACGCCCGACUCUCCGUCGGCGGACACUCCGCCAGCCGCAGAGGCGACAUCGCCUGCCUUGUCAGUCUACGAGGACCCUAUGACGGUGUACGAAGGCGGCGCAAGCGGCACAGCUCCCACUUCUCCCUCUCUGGGCGCAAGUAGGCGGAUCUACGAGAACGCAAGCGUGGCUGGCUCCUCAAUCUCCGUAGCCAAGUUUCGAGCCGCGCGCAAUCGAUCUGAAUCGGGCAACUUCAGCGAGGCGGGCAUGAUCAGGCCGUCGAGCCCUGCAUUUCUGGCUUCGGGCUUGGAGAACGGAGGCAUGUCGCCCGCAGAACGACUAGCAGCAUUGGAAGCCGAGCUCGCAUUGGGAGGAAGGGCGACCCCUCUCAUCAGACAGAUACAGGAGCGUCACCAGUCAUUCUCAGAGGCAGUCUCUCCGACAGGCGACGAGUCAGAUGUGCGGCCUCCCGUGGUGCCAGAGAAGGACCACAUCUCCACAAGACGCCAUCAAGCGCGGCAGUCCCUGCAAGCUUCGCCACGUCUUGACAACCCGCCAUUGUCACCGCAGCAUCGGCAGAAGCAGAAGCGCUUCUCUGAGAAAUGGGAUCGUUCCCCCUUUGCGUGGUUCACGGAUGAAGCGGGCAAACCACCAGCAGCUGCAGAGCCUAGUUCCGCAGGUCAGAUCCUGACACCAUCGACAGCGGCAACGGCAGGAAGCAGCACCUCCCCAAGUCUUCGUGGACGCGGCAUGGACUCGGCCUCCUUCUUGGCCUCUUUCGGGGCGACUUCACCCGGGGACAAGCCACGCACACUCAUCGACGCCCUUUCACAGAUGGAGGGCGCUCAGGUUGCGAACAAGGACGAGAUCUUGCCGCCAUCUAAGCCUUGGCUUCGAAAUGGAGUUCGAGGUACGGGCGACGCAGCGACCAGCGCGCAGCCCACUUCUGAAUCAGAUGGUAGCUCCACAGAUACUGCGUUCCUACCAGGGCAGCCAUCCCCCCUCCUACCAGCCGGCAGUACCUUCGAAGCGGGCAUCAUGGCGCAAGCGGCACGUUCGGGGUCUAAUCGCGUGCGCAGACCAUCAGAAGGCGUGUUGCAGGCCAUGGACAGCAGCGCUGGCUCGCGAUCAAAACGACAAGCAGAAGUCGUACCAGAUCCUAGCGCGGCAGAUGUGCUACUGAGGCUGGCGUCCACACCCGAACCGGCGUUGCAGGCCGAAGCGGUCGUGGAGCCUCAAGGAAGCGAGGGAGGGCAGACGUUGGGACUUGAGCGUCAUGCUGCUGGCGUCGCGCCAAGGAUUGCACCUGACUUCAUCAGUGAGCAGCAGCUGGAGCUUGAGCUCCAUCCAUCUGCCUCCGCGCCAACAGCCGCCCCUGCUUCUGGCUACUUCGAUCUCCCGCCUCCCCAGCCUAGGAGUAAGGCCGAUGAUCGCUUCUCUGCUGCUUCGAUUGGCACGCCGAUCCUGCCACUGGUCCAGUCCAGCCUUGUCGUCGUGAAUGCCUCGCCCGUAUCCAGCCCCGGUGAUACCCCUCCAGUGGUUGCCAGCUCGCAGCCUAGCGGACGAAUUGCGCCGACGCAGGUCGCUGUAUCCUCAGACCCGUCACAGGUGACGGAGAGUGCAACCCCGCUAGUCCCAGCGCCCGCCUUCAGCCAGCCUCCAAAGGCUUCCGCCGCACCUCUGUCACUCCCGAAGCCAAUAUCAACGAGGGGUGCGAGCCACGAAGAAGCCAGACACCUUCCACGCAGAGCUGCCUCCGUCGAUCACAAGCUGGCCUCUUCGCAUCGAAAGGCAAGCAGCGAUGAUCAAGCUAAUAGCGGACCCUCGCGCGAGUCGGCCUCACCAAGCAAAGGCGAAAGCCGCGCCCCUGUACGCGCAUCCACGUAUACGGCUCCACGUCGUCGCAAGUCAUCAGCCACAGCCUCUCAGCAUCCACACGCCCCGCCGCCACCGACUCAGAACAAAUCAGCAGAGCUCCUCACAUUCCAUGCGAAGCAAGCUCAAGCCAUCGCGAGGGCCCAGUCCAUCACUGGCGCCCCAACUACUGUCUCGCUGGCCUGGCCCGAGUCGAGAGGAGGUGCGCCUCCUCCCGGCAUCCACCCAGAGUACUUUGCACUUCUCAGUCCUGCACAGCGCGAUGAGAUGCACAACCAGCAUCAACGUGCGACAAUGGCGGGGCGGGCAGCCUACCAACGGGCCUACGACGAAGCUAUGGCGCCCCUGCUGGCUUCCCUGCCUCGUCUGGCGCAUGCGCCGCCCAUCCCUCAGACGUUACAUCCGCCAUUGCCCACCGGAACAAACAGCAUGCUUCAGCCUCCUUCGGCACCAUCUGCCCCCUUUCCCACUGCGGGCUCGUCCUCUUCAACGCACACCUCGCCGCGCAAAUCGCCCGUCUCCCUCAUUCCCUCGGCCAAGUUCAUGUCAGCACCCGAAGAGGGCGCAACUCACGCCGGGUCAUUGCCUGCCAUUGAUUACUCCGCGUCGACGAGCGGCCUGGCUGCGGGAGCGGCAUCGGGCACGCUUACUGAUGAUCUGAAAAGGAGAAAUGUUGCGCGUGGAGCAGAACCAGGAGAGUAUUCGGUCACGAAGCGGGAGUUGGAUUGAUGGGCGGGCAAUGGAAUGGCACAGUACGGCACGGACUUGACGGUCGUCUUUUUGCUCGCAUAUUGAUAGAAAGGACCGUCGCAUCCUUCACGUGCUAAUCGAGUGGCUGACCCAGCCGAGUUCUUCUCGGAUCGGCGGUAGAUGGGCGAGGGAGAGAAAGGGCAAGAC